AUGGCCUGGCCUCCGCGCUUGGUGAGCAGGAACAUCUAUGCUCUGACCUGCGUCGGAACCAUCUUCAUGCUCCUCCCUUCUUCUUCCAUGGGUCUUGUUCAGCACUCAACCAUGCAUCUUCGCCAUCCUCAGCAAAGCCUUCAGAAGUACGCGGGGUCUUCUGGCGCAUGGAACCAGGUGCAAGCGCCAUACAUGAACGAACUCGUGGAAGUCGAUGCUGUUCAGCGCAUUCGAGGAGGAGGAGGAGGGCUGGCAAAGAAACUGGGACCGAAAAAUAUGGGAUUGGCGCUGAUCUUUUUAAGUCUUUUGUACCUGCCAAAGGCCAUGGCAUCUUGCAAUGCGCGGCUCAUGCCUAAAACUGGAAAAAUACAGCGUUUGGGAUGCGGAGCAGGGUUGAUGAUCACGAACAUAGCGACGAUAUGUGGACUGGGUCUGGUUCUGAUGAAUUCCCGACAGUUUGACCGCCAUGGUCGAUCGAAGUUCAAGAUGAGAAUGAAUGGAACUCUGAUCAUGGUCUUCGGGAUGCUCCUCAUCAUAACUCAUGCAGAAGCAGCGAAGUUGAGUUUCUAUUCUAGUUUCAACACGCAGCUCGGGCUGAUUCUGGAGUGGUGGGGAUUCGUUUCUCUGUUCUACAACUUCACUCCUCGCUUUGUUGCUCAGGUGCCUCGAGAGCUCAAGACCACUAUGCGGAAGUUGAUGGCGAAGAUGGGAUUCGGGUCAGGAAACGCUGCGAGCAAGGUUGAUAAUGAGACGAGACAGAGGGAGUUGGAAAGGUUGAACCAGUGGGCUCAGGUGCAGCCUCCCCCCUCAUAGGCCGUUGGCA